AUGAGCGAGUCUCCACUCCCCUCCACGCUGAACAGCGUCUUUGACGCACCCCUCAAAGACCAAUAUGAUCCUGUCCACCUUACCUCCGACAACGUUGUCCCAACUCUCGAGCUACCGCUAGCGAAGAAGCUUCUGGGCCAUGAUGCCUCCGACAGCAAUGCCAUUGCAAAGGUUGCCAGUGACGAAAUCUCCUAUACCGCAUUUGUCGCCGGUCAAGCCCUCGCUGCUCUCCAAUCGUCCCCCGACGGACUCACCUCGGAACAAACAAAAUCGCAGAUCCUGCAUAUCGGCCUGGCAGCACUGUUCGCUUUCCUGCAGUCAAAUGUCACCGGUCCUCCUUUAGAGUUCAGCUCGUCCGAUUUAGUUUUCCCCGCUGCCCUACGAACCGACAUCACUACUAUCCGCACCGUUCGAAGCAAGAUCAUUCGCGACUGGUCUGUCGAUGGAGAAGCGGCCUACAAGUUGACGCCAAACCCGGAGCUCUUCUCAGUCGCCAAGGGACUACUUGCAGGUGCCGAACUCGAUGGAUCCAUCACAGCAAAGACUGCGCGAAUGCGCGUCAACUUCCUCCACCAGAAGAUGCUUUCCGAAGUUACAAGUACAUUGCAGGAUGCGAUCUACAAGGAUACUGAACAACUUGCCAAGGCUGGUCUGAACACUGAAGAACAGAGUCGUUAUUUGUUGGAGCGCGCAAUUAUUCACACUCACCAUGGAUCCGAUGGCAAGGCACGAGCAGAUAUCGACGAGGCAUCCAACAUUCGGAAUUUCGAAUUCGCCCUGACUGGACAGAUGGGAAAGCGAACGAAGUUCCAAGAGCGCGACACUAGCCAGCUUGUGAUUCUGGCAAAGAGUGCUGAUGUGACACCAAAUUCUACCAAUGCCUCUGGUCCCAAGAAGUUGGAUCUUGAUGAUGAUACCCUCCUCGAAGCCAUCUCCUUCGCCGAUAAAAAGUCCGGAACUGUUCAGGAUGACCUUUCUCCUGCUCUCCAAUCUGUUGACCCCAACAACCAACCUAUUCUCAACCCCGUGGACUCUGCCAUUUUACUCGCUAUGGCCUCCGCAAUCACCAACACUGCCCCAGAGAACGGAUUGACCCGGGAGGAAACCCCAGCCAUACGCUACCAGACUUUGCUUCUCCGCAGCCGAGUGGAAGGCUACCGGGCCCGUACUGUGGAGCGAGCUGUUCUACAAAUGCAAGCACUUGUUGAUCAAGUCCUUGCGGACACAGCUACUAACGAUUCGGCGGCCCAACAACCGUCAUCGGAUCCAACAACCUUCCUUCCACGUCCUGAAAAGGACGAGUCUGCCCCAGCUGCCAGUCGACUCGAGUAUAUCUGGAUUAUGAACUUCUCAACCCGAUGGAAGUUAGAGGCCGAGCUGGCUAAACGCUGGGUCGAGCUGGGUGGUCUUCGCACUGCUCUUGAAAUUUAUGAGAGGCUUCAUAUGUGGGCCGAAGCAGCCCUUUGUUAUGCAGCUACCGAGCAGGAAGAGAAGGGCAAGUCUAUGGUGCGCCGUCAACUAUACGAGGCCAAGGGCCAAGAUGAGAAUGACGAUAAUGAGCUCUUCGAGGGCCCCGAGCGGUCACCUCUACCUGCCGAUGCGCCGCGCCUGUUCUGCAUUUUGGGGGAUAUCGACAGGGACGAAAAAAUGUAUGAGCGUGCUUGGGAAGUCUCCAACCAACGAUAUUCUCGUGCUCAACGAUCUUUGGCUCGACACUUCCUGGCCCUCACACCACCAGCGCUCGAGAAGGCCGAAGAAGCCUACAGCAAGAGCUUGCAGAUCAACCGCCUCAACCACAGCUCCUGGUUUGCCUAUGGAUGUGUUCAACUCGAACUCCAAAAGUGGGAAGAUGCCGCAGCCUCCUUCACCCGUUGCGUGCAACUAGACGAUACCGACGGAGAGGCCUACAGCAACCUCGCAGCGGCGAUCAUGCGCCAACCAGAACCAGAGCCGACAACUGAAGUCACAAUCGACGAAAGCACAGGUGAAGAAAUCAAACUCGAAGCCGACCCCCACAAGCGCAAACGCGAGGCUCUAGCCGCUCUCCAACGCGCUGCCCAACUCAAGAACACUGACGCUCGAAUCUGGGACAAUGUCUUAACAGUAGCAGCCUCAAUCCCGCCUCCCUCAACACCAUUCCGCGAUGUCAUCACUGCGCAAAAGAAAGUAAUUGAACUUCUCGGUACCAAGAAGGGCGAGAAGUGUAUUGAUGGUCCGAUUCUGGUUAUGCUGGUCGACGUCCUCAUCACGGCUUUCGAUUACGAAUCUCUUCACAUUCAAUCUGAGUCUGGCCCUGUUUUUCGGUCGGGUACUAUUGCCGGUCAAAUUCUAUCUCUUAUUGACGAUAGCGUUGUCCCGCUGAUCACCCACUCUGCUUCUCUCUGGCUGCUCGUUUCCCGCGUUGAGAUGUUCCGCAACAGACCCAGCCGUGCACUGGAAGUCCAAGAAAAGGCUUGGCGCGCUGCUGUCGCUGCUUGUGCGCAAGGUGCAUUCCAGAUGGGUGAUGAGAAGCCCUGGUUAGAGGUUGUCCGUGCCACGGAGAGACUUGUGCGCGAGGGAUAUGCGCGGUAUGGACCGAUGGAUAAGGAAGGUCAAGAAGAGGGCGCCGAUGGAGAGACUGAGAUGGUUGCCCGUGAUUGGAGAUUCAAGGCGCGGAGUGCUAUCAGAGGAAUUAUGGGCAAGGGCAAAGACUUCUGGGAAGACUCUGAGGGGUGGACGAGGCUGAAGGAGUUGCAGGGCGAGGUCACUGGAAACUAA